CUUCAUUCACACGAAUCAGGAGCAGAAAAAUCGAAAUAUUAUUUAUUUUUCUGACAACAUGAUGUGGAAUAGUAACACGAAAUGAAUCUUAAUAUGUUGUAGAUACACUUCUUAAAACUCUAUCUAUGUAUAUAAGACAAACAAAUACACCAAAGCACAAAAAGGUAACACCAAAAACGGCGGAGGUAGUUGCAGACAGAAAAAUGAUGAAAAUAAACAAUAACAUUGACAAUUUUCUCUACUUGUCAUACAUGAACAAAUAACUCAUAAAGUAUCAAUAAUAAUGGUGAGCUGAAGAAGAGUGGAAUGUUGGUGGCAUUGUGCCUUGCUUCUUUCAUUAUUGGUGUUGUGGUUACUAUUCUAAUCCAGACAUUUGUCAUCAGAAGACGACUUCUUGCCAUUCCUGUAGAACCAAUUUCCCACAAACCACAGUUCUGUCAAUAUAAACUGCCAAAGGAACUGCUAGCAGUAAUACGUGACCAGGACCAGCAAGGACGUAAAGAAUCAUGUAUAGCAUUAAAUUUGGUCAUUCAGUUUUUAUUCAAAGAGCUACGAGAUACAAAUCGUGUUCGAAGAUGGGUAACAAAGAAAAUGAACAUAGAAUUCAAUGAUAUGCUUCAGAGUACAACAGGAAAAUUAAUAGAAAAGAUAACAUUAAGAGAUUUCAAUUUAGGACCAACAUUUCCAGUUAUAAAUUGUGUAGCUGUAGACACUGUCAAACUCUCAGAGGAUGAAUCGCUAGAGGAAUUGGACAUUAUGGCAGAUCUGGAUUAUACUGGGGGAUUUCAACUGGCCAUAGAAAUAGACUUAGUUUUCAAAAAGUGGGCAUAUUUAUCUGUGACUGUUACAAAAUUGAAGGGCAUUGGACGGUUACAGUUUACACGUAAUCCUUAUACGCACUGGUCUUUUACAUUUUAUGAGGAUCCAGUUGUAGAAUUUGAGGUGGAAUCCAAAUUUGGAGGCCGUCCUGUUCCUCAAGUGACCUCUCUGAUCAUUAGUCAGAUAAAGAGAAUUCUUAGAAAAAAACAUACACUGCCUCAUUACAAGAUGAGAUAUAAGCCAUUUUUCAUCCCUCCUGAUGAAUCCUAUAAUCCAAAAGACAUUUCUUUAAAAGGAAAUCUAAUAGGUGAAGGUCAGCUGGAGGUCAAGGUCAUAAACUGUUCCAGUUUGUUAGUAGAGCAUGCUGAGAGAUAUCUAUUUUGUACACUGAGUGUUGACAAACUAAGAUGGAUUGAGUAUGAAGAGCUAAGGAAGAAAGUAUGGGUAGUUUAUGAAGUGAAGAUAAUAAAAGGACCAGCACAAUCGAUAGGACUAACUUUUAAAGAUGAUUUUAUGUUGGAGAAGUAUGAAGAUGUGGUUGUCGUUGACAAUGUUACUCCUAAUUCUCCUGCUUCAGCCACUGAUAUUAGGAAGGGUGAUGUACUAGUAAGUGUAGGCAUGACAAGGAUAACAUCAGUAAAACAAGCAGGAAAAAUACUCAGAAAUGUCAAUGAUAGUGUUAUGCUUAGGUUGGAGAGAGCUAAAACUGGGUCUUCUGAAGAUUAUAUUAAGGUUCAAGAUUCAGAAAGUAGUAAAAUAAAGGAUCCCGCAGUCAAAGAUGAUUAUAUAAACAUUGUCAUUAAACCAUGUGACUCAGAUGAUAAACAAAGAGAAACAGGAAAUUCUUUAUCAUCCAAUCAAAUCACCAGAGACAGAAGAUCUUUAUCCACUCCAAGUAGUCCCCAUAGAAAAGUUUUGUCAUUGGUCACCACCGGGAAAGAGUACUUAAGAAGGAGGGUAAAAAGUCACACUGUAUCAGAGGGUUCUGUCUCCAUGACAACAACUAGCCAAUCAGAGUUGAGUAUUCCUAAAUCACCAACAGGUCACAGAAUCUCAAAAUCAAUGGAUUCCAGAGAGUUGACCAGAAGCAUAAAUGGACAGGAUCUAGAAGAUGACCAGCCCUCAGAACUUCCAAUUGUUACUCAAUCUGGAGAUUUCAUUAAAAAUCGUACAAACAGUGAUCCAGGCUUUGUUUUGCUCAAUAGUGAUGAAUCAGCAUCAGAAGAUGAAGAGGAAGAUCAGGAUCCAACUUCUAAGGAACAGGAAGUCAAAUCAUUACCACCAGAUGGCGUUAGUAUCAAAUCAGAGGAUUUUGAAAAGCAAUCUCUUGCUGACAUGAAAAAAACUAAAGAGGUCAAGGCGCAACAGAAUCCCGACUGGAAUGAAGACUUUGUGUUUUAUACGAGCCCAGAGGAUAAAUAUCUCAAUGUUUGUGUCUGGUGUAGGGUACCACCAAAACUUGAUAAACAUGAGAAAGUUAUCAAACCUGGAAGAGAAACCUUGAUAGGGCAUAUCAGUUUGCCAUUAGCAGAUAUAUCAUUAGAUUGUUUAUUGACAAUUCAGAGAGAUUCACAAAGAUGUGUUAAUUUAGUACCACCAGAAAAUAUAGCUGGGGUUAGUCGAACAAAGUUCCAGGAGUAUAUGAGCCAUCAAGGAUUUGAUCACAGAAUGUGUCAUGGUGAUAUCACCCUGGGGUUUAAGUAUGGAUCAAGUCAAUCAGUUGAUACAGAGAGGAGAGUUCCUGAAGUCAAGGUCAUCUCAGACAAGGAGAGUUCUGAAGAGUUUGUUUCCUUACCUGAUUCAUUAUUGUUGGGACAAAAAAACAGAUUAGAGAUUGGUAAACAUGACUUUACAGCUACCCAGUUUACUUCAGCUACUUACUGCCAUUUCUGUGGGAAAAAGAUAUGGUUGAAAGAUGCAUUCCUAUGUUGUAUGUGUUCAAUGAUUUGUCAUAAGAAAUGUGUAGUCAGAUGUCAGACGCAGACACUCUGUACAAAGGAUGGUGCUAUGAUGAGAUCUAAUCCUAAAGACAAAUGGAAAGCUCCUAUACCAGAAUCUAGAAAAAGACAAGGCCAUAAAUCUGGACCUGUUGGAAUUCUUAGUAAAUUCAGGAAAGACCCUAAUGUAGAAAAUAAAACAGAAAUCACACAGCCUGCACCUUCACCCCAGCCUUCACCUAAACCAUCCCCUCAACCAAGUCCAAAGUUUAUCCGCAGAAGGAACUCUGCCCCAGGCACAGAUGAUGUCAAAUGUGGGAGUUUCCUUGAUAUCACAAACAUUCCACAGACACGUUCCUCAACAUCAAUCCAGACAUUGCUUAAUACUGGUGUCCUGCCUAGAAGGUUAUCAGAAGAAUUGUUUGGGAGUAAGUACAGAGGUGAUUCCUCAGAAGAUUCAGAUUCAGAAUCCAGUUUGUUACAGUUGAGUAAGCAAAGGGCUAAAGGUCAAAACCUUGAUGAGAUGGUUGUGACAGCUGCAAAAGAAAUGGGAAAAGAAUUGUAUGCUGAGCUCUCAUUGGAGGAGAGAAAGGAAAAACUUGAUGCCAUGGUUUCCAAACUCCAGAAAGAAAUAGAUAUUGAAUCGGAAAAUAAAACAGAAAUGAUUAAGGAAGAGAUGGAGUCUGUAGAUUCAAGUCAGAAAGAGGCUUUACAGCAAAAGAUAUCUAAAUCUGAUGAGAAAGUUGAAGCUUUGAUGAUGAUGAUGCUGCACUAUUGUGCUGGUCUACAAUACUGUUUGGAGGAGGAAGAAGAAGAAAGACGAAAAGGGAAAGAAAAAGAUAAGAUUGCAAUGUUAGAACAAACAAUAGAGGUACAGAAGCUGACGGAACAAAUUCACAAAGAGGCUGAACAAAGCAUAUCCAGAAACAAAAUGGUUGAUAGUAUCGAAAGUUCUAGUAGUGACUCAACUUCUGAUAAUAUACGAUCUGAUAUGAUGUUGAGUUCUCUUGAAGAAAAAAGUUGUGAAAUAAAUACUGCUGUAAAAGAUGGAUCAACAAAGGAAUUGAACAAUGGUUGUAUACCUGAAGAGGAUAACCUUGAAGUAGAAUCCACAAUUUAUUAAAGCCUUUUUAUUUAUUGUUAAUUUAAUACUUGUUGUAGUCCUCUAUGUUUCAGUAAUUAUUGUUGAAUGAUGAAGUUUAAUUUUGAAUUUUUUUAAAUGCAUUUUUUAUUGUAUGAUUAUAUGCUUCAUAUGUUGUAUAGUAAGUUAUGGAAUGAAGAAUAUGAAGUGGAUUCAUAAUUAUUUGUUGGAUACUAAUUUUUGUGGAUUUUGUGGAGCUAAAUCUUCAACAAAUGACACAUUUUCUGUGAUUUAUUUUUAUAUCUAUGAAAAUGCAAGAUUUCCUAAAUCCACAAAAAUUGUUACUCACGAAAAUACAUGAAUCCACAUUUUAUGGAUAAAUUAUUAUUUAUUUAAUGUAUAUAUAUGGUUUAAGUUUGAGUUUUUGUUUAGGCUAGACUCUUUAAUUAAUUUAUUUUUGUAUAAUCCUAUUCUGUGAAUUAUAAUAUGAAUUAUGAUAUUUUAUUAUUGGCAAAGAUACAAGUAGAAAAAACAUGCAUACAUAAUUUAUGUUUGAUACUUGUGGUGCACCCAAAACCUAACAGCAUAAGAUGUAACAAAAAGUCAACUUGAUAUUAUUUCAUACAGUUGGAUGAUAUUUUAUAACCUGGAAAAUUUUCUCUCGUUUUUUUGUGAAAAAGUACUUUUUAGGAUGAAAAUGACUGAUCCCAUUCAUUGCAAUUUCAAUAAUUAUUAAACAACCUAUAAAUUGAUAUUAGACUUUUAAAUAAUAAGUAUAAUUGUGAAGAAUAUGUAAAAUAAAAAUAUCCAAGUUUGCGGUAUAACUAACUAUAAUACAAAUAAAUGGUAAAAAUGCAUAUAUUUUUUUUUUAAAUGGCCAAAAUUUAGUAAAUAUCAUGUUUUGUGUCUAAAAAAAUCAAAUUAAAAAAGUAUGGGUUUAAAUACAGAUUUUGAAUAGAUUAUAAUGAAAACCUUAUUUUGUGUGUUAGAAAAAUAUUUAAAGAAUGAAAUCAAAUGUUAAAACUAUAAGAUAUCUCUUUCUUCCACUGGAAACUAAAUGUGCAUUUGAUGUGCACUUUAAAAAAAAAUUAUAAGCCAAAUUAGGUUUCCAACAAGAUUUGUGCCAUUCACUGACCAUGGAACAGGGUCAGGUUAAAGUGUUAAUCUAAGUUAGUUAACCUUGAAGUCAUGGUCACAUCAAUUUGAAACUCUGUACUUAUUGAUUUUUUGAACUUUUUCAAAAUUUGCCAAAUUAGGAUCUUGACCUAGAUUUUAUGGUAGAUUCAACAGGGACAUUGAAAGUAGGUUAUAUGAGAAAAUUGUGCCUCAGAAAGAUGUUUAUUUAUUUUCAUUCCAGAUUGAUAGGACUUUAUUUUUGGACAAAAUGGACAUUUAUCAUAAAAACAAUGUUACUCAUGAGUUUUAGGAUUUGAGAGUAAAAGCUCUCUUUCCGAUUUUUCCCAAUCAUGUUACAAUGUUCUUGUGGUGAUUUUAUUUUAUAUCAGUCUGAGAUAUAAGUUAGGACCUAAUAUGGUACUAUGAAUACAGAACAUUUAAGAAUAAUGUGGUGUGUCUGUAUUUAUCCUGAACAAGCUGUUAUUGUGUCCUUUUACAGAAAGCUAUAAAUGUUCAUAUAUGCAGACUGCAAUUUUAGUAGAAUAUGAAAGAAAUAUUUGCAGGGAAAAUUCAAAGGGGAGAUAAUCUACAAAAAAUUUAGGGCAAAAACUUACAUCAUAAAGUACUUAGAAACUAUGUAAAAUUACCUCAGAUAUUUUUAAUACUUACAUAUAAUAUAUUUGUUGUCAAUCAUUCCUUUUUACUACAUUUCAUAUACCAAUUUCAUUCAUACACAAUAUAAUAAGACAUUCCAUUAUGAAAUAUGUAAUUCUAGCACGCUUAUCAUGUUGAUUUAAUUAAUGACUCAUAGCCAGUUAUUUCUAAAUACUUAUGAUAAUUUAUAUAACUACACACCACUCUUGAAGUCACCUUCAUUGCAUUUACCUUGUCCAAAAAAUCUUUACAUCAAUUUUUUCUCAUGUACUCUUGAACAGAAUGAUAUUAUAUUUUCUCUAAUUUUUCGUCAAUUUAUCCCUUUCUGCACGCAUUGUAUAAAAAAAAUUAAUCAACGUGUGGUUCGUUUGAUCUCAGUUAAAAUCGAUUUAUGACGUCACAUUUUCUUGCUUUUCUCUGAAAUUCCUAUUUUGACGGCAUGAAAAAAGGCCACCAUGCCUGAUGACUUCACAUAGAUAGAAUACAUCUUUUUGUAGAUCAUUCGAAAAGAAGGAAUAAGUUUGCCGGCAUAAUGUUGAAAAAUCAUUAGAGAAACAGAUUCCACCACCAAAUCUUCUGUAAUACAAUAUUUAUCCACUCUCAACAGUUAAAUUUUAAAUAUUUAAAACGCUAGGGCAAGCCUUACUUUUUUAAAUUUGAAAAUUUAACUGUCUCGAGUGGAUAAAUAUCUUAAUACACUCCAUGCAGUGGUAGAAUCUAUAUGUUAUUAACAUCUUGACAGUGACAAUUUGUAAAGUGUAAUACUACAGAUUUGAAUGGCAUCUUAUUUGGUCAAGAGUCAGUGGCAGAUCCAGAGGGGUUUUCUGGGGGUUGAGUGACAGUAAUCCCUUCCACCUUCCCUGUCUUUUUUUUGGGAGAUAAAUAAAUUUGAACGGGGACACAUGGUUGGAAAACCCCCCUCUUUAUUCUAGGUUUGGAAACCCCCUUUUUUUAAAUGGCUGGAUCUACUCCUGAGAGCUGAAUAGUAAUGAAUUUUAAUGUACAUGUGCUUUUCAGAUCUGUCUGAUACAUAUUUCUUGUUUUCCAAUACAUUUAAAUUGCAGCACUUAGAGAGUAUAUGCUGAGAUUGCUCAGACUGUCUCAUUUUCAGAUCUUAUCUUUAAUAUUUAUAUGACAUGUAUAUUCUUGAUGUACUUGUCUGAAACAACCCUGAAUUUUGUUGAUGAGGUGUUAGUAUAUGUCCAAUUUAAUAAUAUCUAACCAACAAGGAUUGUUCUCUCACAUAUAUAUUUGUUGUCAACUGAUAAAACUUUUGUGUAUGGACAUUUUGUAGAAUGGUUGAAAUUUACAAAAAUAUGUUGUAUGAAGGUUAUGAAAAUUUUGUUGUUACAUGUAUAUAAUUUUUGAUAUGCAUAAUGUCUAAAAAUAAAUACUCAUACACAUUCAUACGUAGGAACAAAGAGUUCAAAUGUCCAAGUUUUUAAUUAAAACCUUUAAAGGCAUGAGUAUAAUAAAUUAUUCAAUUCACAUCCUUCAGACGUUCACAAGACAUGAAUAAGAGGAUAGUAAUGCUCUUUAAAG